CAGAUGGUUUAACCGAAAACAAAAGCUGUGUUGGUUAGUUCGUAUGUCUCCGAUUUACAGUCAGUUGCAAGAUGUUGUGUAUAUGUGGCAAAGGGUGCAGACAUGCCAGAUUACAAGCAAUUGCAGGUAGAGAAAUCAUAUCUGAUCUUAGCAAAGCUGCUGGUAUUGAUGCUAUGAUUCAUGUAACGCGUCUCAAUAUUGACAGUCCUAACGAAUAUAUCAGGAAUGCAGCUGCUCGAUCUCUUAGCAUCGUUGCAUCUGCAUUAGGUAUCCCUGCUCUGCUUCCAUUCCUCGAAGAAAUUUGUUUUAAGAUGGAAUCAUGGGAGGCUCGUCAUACAGGUGUUAUGAUUGUUUACCACAUUACUGUUCUUAUUGGUUCCGCGAAUCUUCUUCCAUAUUUGAGUUAUUUGAUGGAAAUCGUUGAACCUCGUCUUAAAGAUGACAUUGAGAAAAUAAGGGACGUUACAAAUGUUGCCAUGGAUGCUCUUGCUAUAGCUGCUACACUAUGGUAUUGAGAGUUUCGUUAGGAUUUUGCCUGAUUUUCUAAGAGAAAUAGUUUGAAAAACGUUCUUUAUUUAUCAUAAAUAACACAAUACUAUAUACAAUAUAGUUGUUGUAUUUUUUAUAUAUAUUAUAUAUUAGUUUUUGAA